AAUGAUAAAAUAAAAGUAUCAAGCAUUGUACUUCACUGACCGACUCUCAGCCUCGCGCCGCCUAGAGCCAGAGUAGCAAGCUUUUCCGACGACAAAAAACAGAAUAAAAAUUUACAGAGUAUUACCAAUACGUCGGGAAAGGUUAACAAAAAUUAUUGAAAAUGGAAAAUUCGUACGAGAUUAUCCCUACGUCUGCAAAAAUCUCUGCUCUGAAUUGCAUUGAUCUCUCCAGCCCUGAUAUUAAAACCCCAGUCGCUCUCCUCAAACAGGCCUGCAUAGAUUCGGGAUUUUUCUAUGUGAUAAAUCAUGGAAUCAGCCAGGAGUUCAUGGACGAGGUUUUUGCGCAAAGCAAAAAGUUCUUCGAGUUGCCAAUACAGGAGAAAAUGAAGCUCCUUAGGAAUGAGAAACAUCGAGGCUACACUCCUAUGCUGGACGAACACUUGGAUCCUGUUAAUCAAAUUCAUGGGGAUUACAAGGAAGGAUAUUAUAUUGGUAUUGAACUACCCAAAGAUGAUCCUGAAGCAGAAAGACAGUUUUAUGGGCCAAACAUAUGGCCUAGUGAAGAUAUCUUGCCUGGAUGGAGGAAAACCAUGGGGAAGUAUCACCAAGAGGCUCUUAAGGUGACAAAAGCAAUAGCAAGGAUCAUAGCUCUUGCAUUAGACUUGGAUGUUGAUUUUUUUGAGCAGCCUGAAUAUCUUGGCAAACCUAUAGCCAUUCUACGCCUGCUACAUUAUGAAGGUAAAUAUUCUGACCCUACCAAGGGAAUUUUCGGAGCUGGUGCACAUAGUGAUUAUGGUUUGAUUACACUCUUAGCACUUGAUGAUAAGUAUGGCCUUCAGAUAUGCAAGGAUAAGGAUGCUAAUCCUCAGGUUUGGGAGUAUGUACCGCCGUUGAAGGGUGCAUUCGUAGUAAACCUUGGUGAUAUGUUGGAGCGCUGGAGUAACCUUAAAUUUAGAUCAACAUUGCAUCGAGUCCUGGUAAAUGGUCAAGAAAGAUACUCUAUUCCAUUUUUCGUGGAGCCUAGUCAUGACUGUAUUGUUGAAUGCUUUCCAACCUGCCAAUCAAAGGAUAAUCCUCCGAAGUUUCCUCCCAUAAAGUGCGAGAAAUAUUUGCUACAAAGAUACAAGGAUACACAUGCUGUUCUGAAUGCAUACAAAUGAGAGUAAACCAGAUUAGAUCAUGCAAACUGUAAUCAUAAUCUCACAGUUUUUAUUGAACUAUGAAGUGUGGUUACAAUAGCUAAAGUAGUUCUUGUGUAACUGUCAAUUAUAGUUACAAUAACUUGGGAUGCAUAUACUCUGAGACCUUAGGUAGGUUCAGUAGAUCUGUAAAUAUAAUGUUGUUAUGUCAAUAUGUCAAUAGUAAAGGAUUGUACACAUGUAAAAAAUAUAAAUGAUUAUUGUAUUUGCUGUGUCUUUUGUUCA